GCUGCAUGGCGAAGGUCGACGGCCGCGUGGAGGGUGAUCAUGUGUUCACGGACGCAAUCGACUGUUGCGAUCCUGCGGCGUCUCCUUGGCUAGCGAUCCUGCUGCGCGGUGCGUUCAAGGAGCUGCGCUCGUGCGUGCCCCUGCCUGGAGUGGGGCAUGUGUUGCAGGCCUUGUCCGAGGAUCUCUUCUUUUUGGCGCUCCCGAUCGACAAUAUCCUCGCCACGGGGGUGUCUCUCGGCGACCUGACUGCGUUCAUGGAGACGGCAGAGGCGGCGAAACUGGUGAGAGAUGCUGGGAUCGUCCAGAAACUGAAGCCCAAGCAGUGCGUCUACGUUCCAUGGGGUUGGUUGUUCAUGCCAUUCCACGUGAACGUGGAGAAGGCCAAGAAGGUGGAGCCUACAGAGUUUGCGGGGAUCUGGAUGCAGCCCUACUGGAACGUUGACGCCAUGAAGAUUGCCCCAAAGAAUGUUCUGGAGGCGGUCCUGAACUACAACGUGGAGGUGCUCACGAGGAAGAUGGGCCAGGAUAUGUAUGCUGAGCGCCGCGUGUAUUUCAUCGAGUUCAUGAAGGAGAUUGCCUCUCCGCAGCAGUCCGCCGCGUCCAUGGCCGCGGCGGAGGGCAGCUAG